GCGGCAGAACGGGAGGAGAAGCAGCCCAGAGACAGACGGACGGACGGACGGACGCACGGCGGCACCGGAAAGAAAGGAAAGACAUGUGGAAUAAUGCACGAGCCAUGCGCGCGACCCCCCCAGGACCGUGCGGAGUGGCGGAGGGAUAUUUAACGGCGGACGUUUUGUGAUUUGUUCUUUUUCCUUCUCGGGGCUUUUCUCCGCCGCCGCCGCUUCCUGCCGGGACUCCGCGGACGGAAAACACGCACACUCACGCGCGGAGAGUUCAUCCCCCGUGCGAGGCGCGUGGCAGAGCGCGCGCGCCCAGGGUGUGUGCGCGCGUGCGCGUCCGGUCCCGGUCCCGGAGUUUGGGACUCCUCGGUUGUGACCCCGUGCGCGUGCGAAGGAAUAAUCAGCGAAACACCUCCGUCCUCACGUGCUCCUGAGCGGGCGCGCGUGCGUGUGAGUGUGUUUCCGAUUGUAUGUGCGAGUGGGAUGUGCGCGUGCACGUCCGUCCUGCGUUCGCGCGCGGCGAAUCGAUGAGGAUGGAUUUAUUUAGUUUGACACGAGGACGGAUCAGCCCGGACCCCGACGGUCACGUGAUGGAUAUUAAAUAAAACCACAGAAGAAGAAAAAAGGGUUUAUCUUUGGAUUGUUUUUCGAUCUUUCCCUCUCUGACCUCUGACCCCUGACGGUUUGGAUACUCCACUGUGGACGUCCCCCUGGUGGGCGGAGCCGACAGGUGUUUGAUCCAGACAUGACGAGCUGAGAAGUAUUAAAUCUAUCUGACGGAGAAUCCGACGACUUCAGGCUCACAGCAUGGUGGAUGCCAGUACAGCAUUCAGGAUGAACCCGCUAGCCGCACUUAGCAUUGACCGCAACGCUUUGAUUGGGGAAAACCUCCGCCCUCCUGGAGGAAUCUUCUAUCCUGGCAUCAAUCCCCUCUCUGUUGAAAAGCCACAAGAGCCGGGGACUUCCAUCCCUAUUGGAUACAACCUUCUGUACAAACCUGAUGUAUCUUUGCUUGAAGGACAGAAACCCACAAAUGGGUUUGUUGGACUUUAUAAAACCCACCCCCAGGUCCAGAAGCCCCUGGUUGUCCCUGUCGAUGGGCUUGGGCUAGAACGCCGGGCCGGUGAUAAGCCGUCAGAGUUGGGCAGCAGUUUCCUGAGGUUGCCAUGGUUCACUCCUUAUGCCGAUGCAUCUAUGUACCCCUUCUUGGACAUGGCGUACAAGGCCUCCUUUCUAUCCCAACCGUCCCCGUUUCUGCACCAGCAGCUGGCUUAUCAGUCUCUAUGUGUAGCUGGAGCUGGAGGCAGCACACCUGGGGAAGAAAGACUUUUCUACCUGCCCCCUUACGCUGCAGCCCAUAUCUCAUCCCCAAUGGGCCCACCAAUUGGGAUCCCAAGCAACCCCAGCUCUGCUGUCCUUUCACCUCUGGCCCACUGUCAGGAAAAAGCUUUGCAGGGUCUUGGUCCUCAGGUACAUCAAGAACCCUCUGCCUUCAGCACCAGUCCUCAUAUCCAUCAAACAGUUCACCACAGUGAGCGCAGUCAGCACACUUCAACCAAAAAUAGUAUUAGCAGCAGCGGCAGCAACAGCAGUAGUGGAGGGAGCAGCAAUGUCCCUGUUAACAGUUCAGCUAGCACAGCUGCUUUAGAGUCAGUUACCAAACCAAGCACUCCCAGCAAUACCUCUGACCUCCAGAAGUCUCUUUAUAGAAGCACUUCUUCAUCCUCAACCUCACUCUCAGCAUCACAUCCCUUCUAUGUGGGCAGCGCAAGCUCUGAGCGCUGCAACAAAACCAAAGACAUCAGCUCGGACCGCUGUAAUUCAGAGAAGUGCUUAUCACCUGCAAAAACAACUGUAGAAAGAGCCGUACCUCAAAUGCCUGCCAAAAAAACUGGGGACAAACCUUUGGAUCUAUCUGCCAAAGAGCUGGAAGGAUUCCCAUCCAAGCUAGAGGUCUUGGCCAAGUUGGGGUAUUUGCCGCCGUCGCGUUAUGGGCUGCUAUCCAGUCAAGAACACCAUUUGAAAGAAGGUCUUUCCCCACCUGCUAGCAUGUCCGCUAAGAUUCCAGAUCGUCCUGAAAUGAUUAGCACUGCGCCCUCUCCUUGGAUAGUACCAGGUCCUUCUCAAAUUGACCCUAGCAAAGUCUCCCAAGUGGUCAAAAACAAAAGUGUAGAAAGUGUUUCAGUGCAGCAGCAGUCCUCUAGUGCCUCCAGCGUUCAGAGUCCUGCCUCAGGAAAAAGGCCACCUGAGUCAUCCCCUUCCUCACAGUCCAAAGUUGAAAGGCCUGUGGAUUCUGAGAAAGUACUUCAAAGCAGUAAAGCAGAACCUCGUACAUGUUUGGUUAAACAGACUCCUGCUAAGUCAGAUGCUCAAGACAACCAACCUCAGACCAGGGAUAAUGGAAACCAAUCAGCUCAAAUUUACUGUGACUCCUACCUCCCUCCUGGCUUAGGGUACACUAAUCGUUAUGUCCCAUACUCAGUUGCAGAAAGUAUGUCACUACAAUGCAUGACAAUACAAGGCAAAGGGCCUGUCUACCCACACCCAGUUUUGUUUGGCAGCGGCAGCUUUUACCCACCUCGACUUGCACCGAAACAUGGCCUUCCGUACGGAGUCCAUCCAAACCAGGGUGACUACUUGGCAUACCAAAAGUCCCAAGAAAUGGCACCUACAUCUGUUGCAUCUCAACCUGGUCUUGACACGAAAGACCAGCUUGAGGACAGGUCUAAGUGCCAGGAUAAACCCUGGAAUGUAGAACGUAACAAGAAAAUGCUCAAUGCUGACUGUGACAACGAGCAAGACAAUUCCACAAACCAGAUAGUGAAGGUUUCAGGAAAAAGUCACCCAUCUGCCAGAGAUGAUGUAGUUUGUAUUGACCUUGUGCGGGAUGAGGCGGAGUUCACUGGGGAUGUAUCCACCAACAAACCCAGUACCACCAGAAGAGAGGAUUCCUCUAAACAUGGCACCAGUGACAAUCACAUCCAAGGAGAGCAGUCCACUGGCCUACUUAACCACACCUCUGAACCUCAUAAUCACAACUCUUGUCCGUCAGGUGAGGAAAUACCAGAGGAAACCCCUGAUGAGGAGGAGGAACAACUAAGUCCACUUCCAGACAUCCCAGAAGAGCAGACAAUGCAAUGUGCCCGCACUACUCCCCAUCAAUUUUUGAGAAAAAAUAAAACCGGUGCUUCCCUGGGCUUGACUGAAGUUGGUGUUAGUGGCAGGAAUAACGGCGCUGUUGGAACAAACAUUGGCAAUGAGGCUAAUGUACAGAGUUCAGCCUCAGGAAACACAGAGCAAGACACCUCUGGAAGUAGAAACUCACCAGAAAGCCAGAGUGAUUCUGAGAAGACCACUGGGGUGAAAUGUGGAGUAACAAGCCCAAAGAGUCCAGCUAAAGGUGAAUCUGGAAACCCAGUUUGCAGUGGUAAUGGACCAGAUUUCCAGGUCCCACAAAACAGGAGCAUUAACCCCCGAGUUCCUGUUGGUGGAGUCUUGAACACUCGACCCUCGAUGUGCAUCAGUACCAACCCUAACAGUGGAGAUUUAAAUGUAAUAAACAGAAAUUUCAUGGGCUCACAUUGCAGAAACCUUCCUGUGAGGUCUUCAGCUGGUGAACCCUUUAGAUCUACCGUCCUCAUGACUCAAAACUGCAACAGAUUGAACCGCAACGCUGUUUGCCUGAAUCGUGGAAACCUUCAGGUUCUCGCAUGUGGAAGGAACAACUUCGGUAAUCUCUCAGUUGACCAGACUUUUGGAAGUAACCCAAAUGGUGUUAACUCUAGGGUUUCCACUUUUGGAGGCAGUAUUCCUACCUUCCAGCACCUUUCACUCGGGAAUGCCGCACCUAAUUUUAGCAACACGCCGACAGAUUCACCUCCAGAAGGUGAUAAAAAUUGCGACAGCCUCUCCUGUGAUGACAAAAUGGAGACCCUCAAACCAGAUUCUAGGACCCAGGUCGGAUUGGACGUCCUACUGGAUGAGGACGAAGGUCCCGGUUGCAGCAAGAGUCGGCGGUCUGGUUUGGCUAAGCGCAUCGCAAACUCAUCGGGCUAUGUUGGCGACCGGUUGAAAUGCGUGACGACGGAGCUGUACGCCGAUGCCAGCCAACUGAGCCGAGAGCAGAGGGCGCUUCAGCGAGCGAUGCUUCGUUUCUCUGAGCUGGAGCUGAAGGAAAAAGAGGGAGGAGGAAGAGAAGAGGAAGAAGAGGAAGAGGAGGGGGAGGGAGGGGGAGGAGGAGCUGCAGACGGGUUAUCAUCCUUCCUGUCCUCGCAGUCGACUCCCCAUCACACCGAUGUUCGGCAACCCGAGACAGACAAGAACAACGAAGACGUGGCGGCCGGUGUUCCUCAGGACGACGUGAAGAACACCUCGGUGCCGGAGCCACAGCAGAGGUUUGUGUCUGCAGCCAGAGGGCUGUUCCAGGGGAAGGCGUCGACGGCCGGACUCGGCGGCCUGAACCCCAGCGUCGCCUUAAACCGGAGGCGGAUCUUCAGCCUGGAGCCGUUUCACCAGAGCAGCAUCAUCAGCAGUAAACUGAAGAGAGGGAGGGAGGACGAGACGGAGGAAGACGACCGGACGGACAACCACAACAAGAAACUAAACACUGACUCAACCCUCGAUGACGUGAAGAAGCUGAAGGUUUGCAUCGAACUGAACGGCCUCCGGCUCACAAGCCCCGCCUCCCCGGGGAGAUCGGCCAUUGGCUGCCCUCUGGCCAGAGUGUUUUCCAUCUUGUUACGUCUUUUACCUCAUGUUUUUGUAUUUUUUCCACAUGACUCCACCCUCUUCUCCUGCCCCAUCUCCCCCGGCAACAGUGCAGCCCCGCCCCCCCGACAUCCAGGCCCAGCCUCCUUCAGCUCCUUGGCUUCGUCGCGGCUCCUGGACAAACACCAGAGGCUGAGGGAGAACCGCCGAGUGUCCGGCCUCCUCCCGUCCUUCCCUCCCCUUGCUCCCUCCUCCUCCUCCUCCUCCCCCCCCCCCCUUCAUGACCCCCAUCAGUUCCGCUGCCAUGGCGACGACCCGGACAAGCCCAAGGGCAAGCGUCCCUGCAAGAUGAAGCACACGGGAGGAGGCGAGGAGGCGAGGGGAAGUGAGAAGAGGAGGAUGAAGAGGACAUGCCCCCGGCUGAAUGGCGGCGCUGGGAGCAGAGGUGAUGACAGCGCUAUUUCGCCCAAGCUGGAACCGGGGCUGUGUGUGCGCUACAGAGGAAGCGUCUCCUCGUCCGACCUGCCCCGACCGCCCCUGCAGAGCCCCCCCCCCUCAGCCACCCGACCCGCCCCCCCGGAGGUACGGCGCCUAAUCGUCAACAAAAACGCCGGGGAGACGCUGCUGCAGCGCGCCGCCCGCCUAGGAUACGAGGAGGUGGUCCUGUACUGUCUGGAGCGGCGGAUCUGUGACGUCAACCACAGGGACAACGCCGGCUAUUGUGCGCUACAUGAGGCCUGCUCCCGCGGCUGGUUGAACAUCGUACGCCACCUGGUGGAGCACGGAGCCGAUGUCAACUGCAGCGCUCAGGACGGCACCAGGCCACUGCACGACGCGGUGGAGAAUGACCACGUGGAGGUGGUGCGCUUCCUGUUGGCCUGUGGCGCCGAUCCAACCCUCACCUCCUACUCUGGACGCGGACCCAUCAACAUGACCCACAGCGCUACCAUGGAAACCUUUCUGGAAGACUAUCUGUCCGACCUCCAGGGGCGGGCCGACGGCGACCCGGGAAUCUACUGGGAGUUCCACGGCAGCUCAGUGUGUGAGACGUCCAACGAAGGGGAGGUCUACAACAUCUUGGCCGACCCUCCGGGGCCAGAGGAGGAGGAGGAGGACGAACAUGAGGACGACGACGUGGAACAACGAGCCAGGAGGGAGGUGUUCGAGUUCGAGUUGUCCGACCGACCGCUGCUGCCGUGUUACAACAUCCAGGUGUCGCUGUGUCAGGGUCCCAGGAACUGGCUCCUCCUUUCCGAUGUCCUUGGUCGUCUUCGGAUGACGUCCAAGUCUUUUCGGCGGCUUUUCCCGCAGCUCAACGUGCAGUCCAUCCCAGAGGACGAGUUCUAUCGGCAGGCGUCGCUGUCGCAGCUUCUGACCGGUCCAGACGAGCAGGAGCUGGCCUCCUUCCGGCCUGAUGUGAAGGAUCCUCUGGAGCUGGUGGAGGCCACCCCGGAGCUGGCCGGCAUGCUCGGAUCUUCCCUGGAAUUUGUGGACAGUCGCUGGGAUUCAAUGGAAGCUUCUCCUCCAGCAACACCACCCCCACCGGCAUCACCUGCACCGGUGCUACAUAUUCCGGUGUCAUUACCGAACAGCCGAACAGCGGAUCCUGGCACUAAAGUCGACAAAGGUUUGGAAGACAGAAGUGCGGCCUUGGUGCAAGGGCCUAAAAAUCUGGGAAGUUCUACAGCAGAACCAGCGAAAACGGAAACCAAAAUCGAUGCUAGAACAUGGGAAUCACAUCCGCAAGGAAAUAAAAAUAUUCCUUCUCUUGCAAAUCCUAGUGUUAUACUGAACGCAAACAUAUGGGAACCACAGAAACUACGAAGCAAGACCACGGCACUGAAUAAUCCAGACUCUAAACUAGACUCUAGUGCUUGGGAGCCGCAACAACACAAAAACAAAACCUCCAGCAGCAUUCCUGACACAACGACUGGUGCUAACAUGUGGGAACCACAGCGAUUACGAAGUCGGAACACCGUGACCACAAAUACUGUGACCUCUGAUGCCAAGGUGGACCCUGAACCACAGCGACUGCGAAGUAAAACCACUGGAAAUCCUGUGAAUUCUAACGGGAAAGUGAACGCUAACGUUUGGAAACAACAAAAUCAGGGUGGAAAGAACGGAGCAGUUUUAGUCUCCACAAAUGACGGCAGUGCUGUGGAUGGUAACAUUUGGGAACCUCAACGACUGAGAAGUAAGAACGCUGCAAUCAGCUGCUCUUCGAAGUCGGACUCUACAGCGGAUGCAAACAUUUGGGAACGCAAGGGAGUGAAGCGGCAAGUUGAGAACAGCACGGAAACAAAAAGAGAAGCUAGUUCAUUGGAAACCCAAACACUAGGACCUAAGACCUUUAAGUUGGAUGCCUCAUGGCCGAGGAACUUCGGCAACGUUCGCGUCCACAUCAGAGACCUUGGGUUGAGUGUUGGGAUAGGUAACAUACGAAAGGAUGUGAAGAAAGAGCAAGGCAAGGUUGUCGGGAAGACUUCCAGGAUUAAGAGCAGGUCAUGACCCAGUGGGAUGAUGUGUUGCACAGCUCAAUCACCAGUAAAAGAUGUAGCCAUUGGACAUUUCAGGAAACAAAACAUACGCGUAACCUCAGCGUUACUCGCCUUUGAAGAAUGUGAUGCUGUUUUAAAAUAGUUCAAUCGGCAGGAGGUCGGAGUGCUGGAUGGUAGGUUGACAAAAAUCCAGAAAUUUAAUGCUAGAAACUGGAUUGACUGGAUUUGAUGUUUUUUCACACCCGUUUGUAGGUUAGGUUAUGACGUCCUACUUUAUUUAGGUAUUUAGGGUUAGCGGUCGCUCACAUCAUGAUAAAUGUUCAACAAUUAUUUUCUUUCAAGUUUCGUGGCUGAUUUUUGGUGCUAACAAUCCAGAUUUGUGUUUAUAUUUACCAAACUUUCCUGGAAACAGUGCAAUGUUUUAGGUUUUUAAACAGAAUAAAAUAUAGCAAAUAUUGAUAAAACGCUAAUGAUAUUUACCACAAUUCAAACCUGCGUUGCGGUAAAUAUAAUUGCCAGUUAAGAGGGUUAGGGUUAGGAAAAGAUCCAGAUUGGUUUAAGCAUUACUUCAGACAUUUUCAGUCAUGUUUUCUCAGACUUACGGUAUCCCUUUAAACAAAAACAUAAAAACCUAUAACUUUUGUUACACAUAUGUGGAUAUACAUGUACCCUGAAUUGUAUUGUUGGUUCAGAAAUGUUAACAUUAGAUUAUUGCGAUAUGUGCUUGCAGAAAUGUACAAUGGUAUCAUUUUAUUCUGUCGACUGGGUUACGAUAGGAAGUUGGAACGUAUAUGUACAUAUUGUAAAUGCCGGUGUUUGGACGCUGAAUUGGACAGUAAACCUGUAACAGUAUCGUUGUGUGGUAAACUGUACAUAUGCUACUUUUUAUUUACGAGUUUCUGUAUCGGCUCUUUGUAAAAAUAGUCCAAUGUAAAUACGCUGCUAUGUGUUCAGUUUAUUUGUUCUGGUCACCUUUGUCUGUAAUUUUGUAUCAGCAUCCUGUUGGCCUUGUCACUGAACUAUUUAUUGUCCAAUAAAUAUGAAGACGGAA